GGCUGAUAUUCGAAGAUAAAAAGGGACUUUUUAGUCGCCUUCCUCAGUACAGUAAGUACAGUAGGAGCCAGCACACACAGCAACAUGGCGACACAUACUCCUGCUCCCAGGUGGGUUCGCAGGGCCCUCGAAGGACGAGAUCGUCGUGGGCAGCAUGAAGUGAAACCACAGCCUGGGGACUUGAUAGAGAUCUUCAGGCCGGGCUACCAGCACUGGGCUUUGUAUGUGGGCGACGACUUGGUGGUCCAUGUGGCUCCCCCCUCGGAGUGUGCAGGUGCGGGCCCCAGCAGCAUGAUGUCCAAGUUGGCGGACAGGGGACUGGUGAAGAUGGAGGAGCUGUGGACGGUGGUGGGGAACGACCGCUACCAAGUCAACAACAUCCUGGAUGACAAAUACCAACCCCGCCCAGUUUUUGUCAUCUUGAAGAAAGCCAAAAGGCUGGUGGGCCACACGGUGUCCUUUUGCCUCUUCAGUGCAAACUGUGAGCACUUUGUCACCAACCUGCGCUACGGAAAACCAGAGUCCCGCCAGGUGCGCCAGGCGGUAGAAGUGACCGUGUGGACAGGUUUGGCCCUUGCAGCUGUAGCUCUGAUUGGACUGACUGACAAAAAGAACCAGAACAGGCACAAACAGAACACAUCUUAUUACAUUGCUCUUUGUUUAGGUGUCCUUGGAUGCAUCCUUGUUUUAUGGACUCUUUAUUUAUGGAUGUUGUGAUCGCGCCAAUUCACCCAAAUUCAACCAAUCCCUGCACAAAUUUGUUUUGCAUCACCAUGGACCAUACUUGCCAACCUUGAGACCUCUGAUUUCGGGAAUUGGGUGGUGGGGGG